AUGGCCAUCCUGGCGUCAACGUACUGGAAUCAAGGCCGAUGGGACGCAGCCGAAGAGCUAGAGGUGCAAGUAAUAGAGAUUCGCAAGAAGAACCUCGGAGCAGACCAUCCUUCCACGCUGACCAGCAUGAACAAUCUUGCCUUCACACGCAAAGGACAAGGUCGAGAUGUGGAAGCUAUAAGUCUAAUGAAGGAAUGUGUACGGCUUCAACGACACACCCGAGGGGUUAAUAACUCCAGUUUCGUAGCCUAUUCAAAUGUUUUAGCUAAAUGGGAGAAAGUGCAAGUGGAUGAUUGUCCCCAUUCAGGGUAA